AUUUUUAAUUCCCGGGGGGACAGGAAACGCGUCGCUGCCGUUACACAAAGCAGGAAGGGGGGAGGGAGAAGUCUGGGGGGGUGUCCUGUCCUUAGUCCCCCCAAACCCACCCUGUCCAUCCCCCCCCCCCCCCCCAGAUCCAUCUCCCGCUUGGAAAAUACCCCCCCUUCCAAAAAUAACAAAACCCCAACGAUUCGGGCAAUUCGCACAAUUCCCCCGCACUCAAAACCGGGCGGUUCGGGGGUGUCCCUGCUGGGGCUGGCCCUUUUUUUUUUUUCUCCCCCUAGAGGUUCCCCUCGCCCAAAUUCCCGUUUUUCCAAGGUUUCCCCCCCCCACUUUUCCCAGCGUUUUUUCCCCCGCUUUUUUCCCAGUGGCGCAUCCGGCGGGGAAUGGGAUGACGGGACCUUCCUGUUCCCGGCCCCGCGCCCGCCUCGCGCCCGGGGGACACCCCCGCCACGACCCCCCCGCACCCCCGAGCCCGACGGGACCCCCGGAGCCACCCCCGGAGCCCUCCGGAACGCCCCCGGCCCCUCCCGCGCCGCGGAGCCGCCGAGUCCCCGCAGGAGCCUCCAUGGAGCAGGACGAGCCAGACGUGGUGGAGCUGCAGGACUCGGACGAGGGGGACGUGGUCCGGAGGGUCUUCAUAGCCGAUGACGGCAUCGUGAGCGACGGUGAGGCCGAGGUGCUGCCGCACGAGAUCAUCCGCACGGUGAUCCCGCACAGCCCCCUGCGCCCCCCGCCGCCCCGCGGGACCCCCGCCCCGGCCCCGGGGGGCUCCGAGGAGGGCGGGGGGCGGCGGGGCGGGGGCCGCCAGCGCCCCUUCAUCUGCAACGAGUGCGGCAAGAGCUUCAGCCACUGGUCCAAGCUGCUGCGGCACCAGCGCACGCACACGGGCGAGCGGCCCAGCACCUGCGGCGAGUGUGGCAAGAGCUUCUCGCAGAACUCGCACCUGGUGCAGCACCGCCGCACCCACACCGGGGAGAAGCCGUACAGGUGCGGCCACUGCGGCAAGAGCUUCUCCUGGAGCUCCAACCUCAUCCAGCACCAGCGCAUUCACACCGGGGAGCGCCCGUACGGCUGCGCCGAGUGCGGCAAGAGCUUCACGCAGAGCAAGAACCUCAUCAAGCACCAGCGCACCCACGCCGGGCCGGGGGCAGCGCGGCCGCGGCGCUGCGCCCACCCCGCGGGUGCCCCGAGGGCGCUGAAGGGGCCUCGGGCGGGGGGCGAGGGCGAGGGGCCCGCGGGGGCCUCGGGCGGCUGCGGGCAGGAGCCGCUGAUCUGCGUGGAGUGCGGGGAGAGCUUCGCCCGGAGCGCCGCGCUCAGGAGGCACCGCCGGGGCCACCGCCCGCUCUUCGUGCCCUGAGGGAACCCGGGAACGCGGCGGAGAGGGCGCAGGGACAGUGGGGCGCUGUCCUCGCCCCGCUGGGGGCACCGCCCGCUCUUUGUGCCCUGAGGGGCAGGAGGACAGUGGCACCGGGACGUGGGGACACGAUAGUUCGGCACCGCCCGCUCUUUGUGCCCUGAGGAGCAGGAGGACAGUGGCACCGGGACGUGGGGACACGGUAGUUCGGCACCGUCCGCUCUUUGUGCCCUGAGGAGCAGGAGGACAGUGGCACCGGGACGUGGGGACACGGUAGUUGGGGCACCGCCCGCUCUUUGUGCCCUGAGGGGACACCGCGGUGGGGACGCAAGGACAGUUGGACAAUGUGCUGGCAGCGCCCGCUGUUGGUGACCUGCGGGGACACACAGUGGGCCACCCUGGUGGAGGACACAGGGACUGUGCCACAGGCAGGAGGCGUGGUGCCACCAUGCCAGGAGACACGGGGAGUGUUUCAUGGGCAGGACGUGGUGACAGAGCUGGCAUCACACGAGUUAUGCCGCAGGCGAGGGGACGUGGUGACACCAGGCUGGGAGGCAGUGGGGGGCACGGUGACACUCAGGACAGAGUGACACAGAACUGAUGUCCCCCCGUGCCCAGGGUCACCCUCGGUGCCCCUCGCUGUUCACUGUCGGUGCCACAUCCCAGAGCUGUAAAUAGGGGAAGG